UGGAAAUGGAUGUUGAUAAGCAGUCUUUGUGUCAGCUUUUAUUCGGGGAUAAAACUGAAAGUAUAUUUGACAGCGAUGUGAUAGAAAGUGAAGAGUUUCAGGAUUAUCUUGAUUACAUGUGCUGCUCUGGAGUUGACAAUCUGCUGCGGCAAAAAGAAUGCUUUGAAGAGGAAAAGCAAGUUAUUCUCAAAGACACGAAAAAACUUGCCAGUGAAAAUUAUAAGACAUUCAUCAAGUCUUCGGAAUGUGUCUCAGACAUAAACGAUAAGUUCGGCGAAAUCGACAUCAAAUUACAAAAUUUAACAGGACAAUUGCCUACAUUCAAUAGAAGUUUUCAAUCUUUUAACGGAGAAGUCGGAGAAAUUCUCAAUCGAAAACGUCAAAACAAUCAAACACUGGUGAAGCACAACCAGUUACUAGAAACGUUGGAAGUCACACAAUUAAUGGACACCUGUGUGCGAAAUCACUAUUAUGACGAAGGGCUUGAGUUGUGUUCUUUUGUUCGUCGGCUCGAAAAGAGACUAGAGCAUGUCCCGCUCAUCAAAUCAAUCGCUAGCGAUGUUGAAAAGCUGAAGCAAGUCAUGCUCCAACAGUUAUUCCAACAGCUCAAGGGAAACGUUCAAUUACCAGUGUGCUUGAAAUUAAUUGGAUAUCUCAGACGAAUGGAACUGUACAGAGAAGACCAACUAAGAAUGAAGUUUCUACAGGCGCGUGGAUCCUGGUUGCGCAACAUAAUUAAGAGUGUUCCCAAAACGGACCCUUAUACCCAUAUCACUAAAGUUAUAGAGCUGAAUAGAGUUCACCUUUUUGACGUUGUUACUCAAUAUCGGGCGCUUUUUGCAAACGAGGAACAAGUCUUUAUUGUCAAUGUGUCUUCAACUAAUCUACGCAAUAUCUUCAACAGCUGGAUUCUCAGUAGAGUUAGCGAAUUUCUACUAAUGCUUCGAGAGGAUCUCAAAGCGGGUGCGAUUAGUCGUAUCGAAUCUGUUCUGAAUCAAGCCAUGUAUUUUGGGCUUUCGUUCAGCAGAAUUGGAGCUGAUUUCCGCAUGCUUAUGCUGCCCAUUUUUAAUGAAGUUAUUGUUGGAAACUUUGAAGACAAGCUUGAUCAAGUCUUGGCAUCGUUCAAAAGUAUUUUGGCUUGCUACACGUUUACCGGAACUUCGAUUUCAGCAAAUACUAUCGUCCAACUAAUAGCUCAGCCUGGAACCAUCAACCCACCGUCGGAUUUGGUUCUGUAUCCUCCUCUAAGCUGGACAGUCAAUGAGGUCAUAGCUGUACUCAAUGAACUCAGAAACUGUUGUCCGGUUGCCUGCGAGAAUCAAAUUAUUGAAGCCAUGGAUUCUUUUGUGUCUAUGUAUGCGAAUGUUCUGUCAGAUUACUAUGCAAAUGAGAAAUCGACGAUGACUCACAAAGAAAUUGAGACCUUUGUGAAAACAUGCAAGGCUUUGAAAGAAUCGCUUGCGCCGUUCCUUCUCAAAGCUCCGAGAAAAAUAUUCCGUUCAAAUGAGAUAGUGAGCGAUGAAACUCUCGGUGUAGAAUCUAAAUUGGCAGUGAUAAAUCCGAUAAUAAAUGGGAAUUAGUUUCAAUCCUGGAAAGUGCUGUAAAUCUUAAAUUCAUGUAAAUUAAAAGUUGUAAAGGGGUAGUUUUCUGAAGCCAGAAGUUAAUUGGGAAUAUUUAUGCUUGGAGCAGUUUUU